AGCCUUUACCUAUUUCUCUCUCAAUCUUUGCCUCCUUUGCUCCGUUGCCUAUUUAAGAGAGGAGAAGGAUGAUGAGUUAAACCACAAACCAAAGAAACCUCCACUAAACCCACAAGGAAGGUGGAGCACAAGACGAGAUUGGAGUAACCAGUGAUAGAGAUUAUGGCUUCACCAUUUUGUGGCAUCUCCACAUGCGGACUCAAUGCCGCCUCUCCUACCGGAUUCUCCUCCAAGAGGACGCUUUCCCUGGUUUCGCCCACAUUUGUUUCACUUGCCCAGGAAAUCAGGCCUAGGAGAAGGUGCAAUUUCAGAGUAAAUGCCGCAAAGGAACUGUAUUUCAACAAGGAUGGGUUGGCUAUGAGGAAGCUGCAGAAUGGAGUGAAUAAGCUGGCAAACCUGGUUGGAGUUACUCUUGGUCCAAAAGGACGGAAUGUUGUCCUUGAGAAUAAGUACGGGCCACCUAGAAUUGUUAAUGAUGGUGUUACGGUAGCGAAAGAGGUUGAGCUCGAAGACCCUGUAGAAAAUAUUGGAGCUAAAUUGGUUAGGCAAGCUGCUGCUAAGACAAAUGACUUGGCUGGUGAUGGCACAACCACAUCGGUCAUCCUUGCUCAAGGGAUGAUCACCGAGGGUGUUAAGAUUGUAGGUGCUGGUGCUAAUCCAGUACAGAUUGCCCGUGGUAUCGAGAAAACAGCCAAAGCACUAGUCUAUGAGCUCCAGAAGAUGUCCAAGGAGGUUAAAGAUAGCGAACUUGUCGAUGUUGCUGCUGUAAGUGCUGGAAAUGAUUAUGCAAUUGGCAACAUGAUAGCUGACGCUGUGAGCAAGGUUGGGCGACAUGGGGUAGUCACGCUCGAAGAAGGAAAGAGUUCUGAAAACAGCCUCUAUGUGGUCGAAGGGAUGCGAUUCGACCGCGGCUAUAUUUCUCCCUACUUUGUGACCGACGGUGAAAGAAUGACAGUGGAGUAUAACAAUUGCAAGCUCCUUCUUGUGGACAAGAAAAUUAACAGCGCCAAAGAUCUUAUCACUAUUCUAGAGGACGCUAUUACGAGUGGAUAUCCAGUUUUAAUAAUUGCAGAGGACAUUGAGCAGGAAGCCCUUGCAGCCCUCGUGCUCAACAGGCUUAGAGGCUCACUACAGAUUGCUGCUAUAAGAGCCCCUGGUUUCGGGGAGCGCAGGAGUCAAUACCUCGAUGACAUCGCCACUCUGACAGGAGGCACUGUCAUCAGAGACGAAUUUGGAGUACCCCUGCAUAAAGCAGACAAAACUGUCCUAGGAACUGCUGCCAAGGUUGUAAUUACUAAAGAUUCAACAACAAUAAUUGGAGAUGGUACUACACAAGAGGAAGUAAUCAAAAGGGUGACACAAAUCAAGAACCAGAUUGAGGCUACUGAACACGAAUAUGAAAAAGAAAAGCUAAAAGAGAGGAUAGCCAAAUUAUAUGGUGGUGUUGCUAUCAUUCAGGUAGGAGCACAGACUGAAACCGAGCUAAAGGAAAAGAAACUGAGGGUCGAAGAUGCGCUGAAUGCAACAAAGGCGGCUGUUGAGGAAGGUAUUGUCGUUGGUGGUGGUUGUACCCUCAUAAGACUUGCAUCAAAAGUUGAUGCUAUUAAACAAACCCUUGAGAAUGAUGAACAGAAGGUUGGGGCUGAAAUUGUGAGGAAGUCCUUAAGUUAUCCACUUAAACUGAUUGCAAAAAAUGCUGGCAUUAAUGGCAGCGUAGUUAUUGAGAAGGUCCUUGCCAUUGACAACUCCAGCUAUGGUUACAAUGCCGCUACAGGAAAGUACGAGGAUUUGAUGGCUGCUGGUAUUAUUGAUCCAACCAAGGUGGUGAGGUGUUGCUUGGAGCAUGCUGCAUCGGUGGCGAAAACUUUCAUCACCUCUGACGCUGUUGUCGUCGACAUAAGGGCGCCUAAGUGUGCACCUGUUGUGAACCCGAUGUGCGGUUCAGGUUAUGGAUUCUAAUUUAGGACAAGUGCUAUGCAUUCCUGUGCCUCGGCAGCAUGCUAUAUCAGAGGCAGAACUACUGUGUUAUGUUUUGAGAAAUAAAUUUAUUACUUGUUAUGGCGAGUCAAAGCCGCAAUCAAUAGUUUAUUUUAUAGUCCUAAAAGUGAAUGAUGAGAGUUGCAUGGAAUAUUGUAGCUACAUAAUAUUCACAGUUGUUCCUUCCGAGCAUUUGUUCCUUAACUGAGCGUAGGCUUGUGGUAAUGAUGAUGUUCCAUGUAUGGAUUAAUUCGAUA